AUGCAACUUAAGGAGGAGUUGACUCUCAUUCAGCGAGAGUCUCACUCGCUCUUGGAGUAUCUCCAUGCCAUCAAGGUAUUAGUUGAUAAACUUGUUGUAAUUGACUCUCCCGUCUCAGCAAAUAAAAUUACUUUGUAUGUCCUCAAUGGUCUUGGCCUUGAGUAUCGUGAGAUUGCAGUGCCUAUUCAGGAGCAUGAGACUUAUCUUACAUUUGAGGAGCUUCAUGAUAUUCAGCGUCGCUCCAACUUUGGUUGCAAUAAUCACAAGGAGCAGUCUGGUAAGCCCCAGAUCGUUUGUCAGCUGUGUGACAAAGUCGGCCACUCAGCUAGGACUUGUUACUCAGCUUUAGGAGUGAAGUAUGUUAAUUGUGCCACUACAUAUGUGUCCACUAACAGAAAGUGGCUUGUGGAUUCAGCUACUUCUCACUGCAUCACCUCCAAUCUUGCCAAUCUCUUUGUUCACUCAGAGUAUGAUGGCACAGAUGAGGUUAUCAUUGAUGAUGACUUAGGUUUGCGAGUCACACAUGAUCGAAGCACGUUGGUGACACUUCUUCGCUAUAAGUGUCAGGAUGGUGUCUACCCAAUGCCGAUGGUGUCUUCCCCUAAAGCAUCUUUUAUUUCAGCACUUGUUGGUGAAUGA